GCGCAUGAUAAUUCACGGGACAAAAAAAAACAAGCUACUAGGUUCCCAAUCCCACAUCUGAUUCGUCUUCCAUCUCCGGCGAGCGGUGCUUCAAGCUCCCGCUGGAGCUCGAGCGGUUCCCAUCUCUUCAGUUCCUACAAUUGCUUCUCCGGUGAGUCAUUUUUCUGGUCUCUUCCUUCUCGAAAUUCCACUUUGUAGGGUUUUUUUCUGCCCAUUUUUCUCCAAGCGCGAUAGUAAUGGAGAAUAUCUCGGCCUCGAUCCCACCCACGAUACGGUCCAGAUACAGUUCGUGGACAUCGAGAUAUAUCCGGAGGUUGGACGAUACGAUCGCCGACACCGUUACAAUUCGCAGCUGGAAUAAAUUGCCUGCGCAUUUUUCUCCUUCUAUCACUCCGCUCGCGCAAGCCGAGCGACAGCAACGGAGGAUAUCUCGGCCCGUAUCCCACCCGCGAUACUGUCCAGAUACGGUACGUGUAUAUCGAGAUAUUUCCAAGGGCUGGACAAUACGAUCGACGACACCGUUACAAUUCGCGACUGAUAAAUUGUUAACUCGGUCAGAAGAACCCUAGAAACCUCCACGACGAACCGCGUCUGCGUUGUUCUUCGUUUUCGUUUUUUUUUAUUCUUUCCGAGGAUCUCCGUCACUGACACUGUUUUCUUCAAUCCGUUGUUGAUUUCUCGCGUCAACAUUGGAUCAUAGUCAUCCUUUGGUGCGCAUCUUUCGAUUUUGAAGGAUUCUUCCGCCUCUGUUCCUUUCGAGUAUAGAGUUCUUCCUUUUUUUUUACGCUACAGGGGUAGGCUAUCACCUUCCUUCUGUUAGAAGAUCUAUUUUGGCCCUUUGUGAUUCCAGUGAACAAGUUUGAUUCCGCCUCCUUUCUUUUGUCUUUUCUUCGUUUUAAGCCGGUAAUCGGUGUGCGAGAUACCUUUUUUGGGUUUGGAUUUUGCUGUUGCUCUGAAGUUGAGGCCAUGGAGGUAGGGCGAGAGGAGGAUAAGAGCAUGAUGCCUCUGUUCCCGAGGCUUCAUUUGAAUAAUGCCGAUAAACGUGGUCCGAGGGCACCUCCCAGGAACAAGAUGGUGCUCUAUGAGCGGCACAAUGUUGCUUCCCGAAGGUUGGGUCAGCCGUCUUCUGCUAUGUCACUGCCUCAUCACAAUGCUCCGUUGCCAAUCCCUUCUAAUUCUUCUAGGCAGGCAGGAUUACACGAGAGAGAUUUUCUCUCUCUUUUUCGCAUGCCUCUUUCAACACCUGUUCUUCCAUCAGAGAUAGUUGACUCUCGGUUAUCUAGCAUGAUAAAUCACCACUCAAGGAAAGGAGAUAGACCAUUAAAGGGUUUGAAUUAUGGGAAUUCAAGUAUAAUGGACUUGCUACAACAACAAAGUUUCAACUGUUCUUAUGAAAAAAAGCUGAAUCAAGCAAGCUAUUUUAGAGCUCCUACAUUUAUUCGAAAUGGGAAUCAUUCACAGUGGAGACUCGAACCAAUUACUUUAUACAACAGCAAUUCAGAUGAGAGUGUAAAGGAAAAUGAAUCCUUGGGAAUUGGAGAUUUAGAUAGAAAUAAUGAGACUUCUCAGGUCUCAGCAGAAGAUCCCAAAUAUGGUCUGGAGAUAGGUCCAGAUAAGCUUCCUUGUCUAAUUGGCGAGCAGCAAUUCUGGAAAAUCCAAAGAGUUAUUAUCAAUCAACAGAGGGUUUUUGCAUUUCAAGUGGCUGAACUGCAUAGACUGACAAAGGUACAGAAGUGGUUUGCUGGAUCAGCUCAUCUGCUUCUUGAAGAAAAUCCAUGUUUGAGCAAAUCUUCAGUAAAAGCACCCUUGAAGAUUCCAUUGCUUGACAUUGCUCAACAGAAUGCAAUGAAACAGAAAGAUGAUCGACGAAAACCAUACAGCAAGACUGAGAGUCAUCAAAAUCCUUGGUAUUUCCAUCCUCAGCCGAAUCGGUGGCUAGUUCCUGUUGUGUCGCCUUCCGAGGGGCUUGUUUACAAGCCUUGCACUGCAUACUGCGCACCACCAGGUGGCAUCUUUCCUUCAGUUUAUGGAUGUUGUACUAAUGUAGGUGUUCCUCCAGUAGCAAGAGGUUUUGUAAACACCACAUUUAGUGUUCCAGCAGUUGCAAGCAUCAAAAGCUACACUCAGAGCUCAUGCAACACGUCCCUUUCAAGAAGUGGCGUGAUCACAAGUUGUUCCAAGGAGUUGCAAGCAUCUAAAGUCACCGAGCUACAAGGUAGUUCAGCAAGCAAUCCACAUAAAGAAACGCUAAUUGAAGCGCAACAAACAAUGACCUUAUUUCCAGUGGCUGCAUUUGAAGGACCUCUUUCUUGUUCAUCAGAAUCAAGUGGUCAUGAGUGUCCAACUCGCCCCAUAAAGCCUGUGCCUUACAAAGCCAGCUCUGUUUUGGACGCGGCUGCUAGCAUUUUCCAAGCUACACAAGCCAAAAGGCAAAAACACAACUUGUGAGAGAUUUACUUUUGAUUAUUGAUCCAGAGAAAAAUUUGUGGUGUUAGCAACAUGUACAUGUGCGAUAAAAAUACUUGCAUUCUCAACAUUUUAGGUUGAGGCAGUGCAAUAUUCCAUUAUGUUUUUUGCAAUCUCAGCGAAGAGAAAAUGGAAUUCCUUAUUUUUCGGGGUACAGAUCGGUUGCCCCAAGUUAUUUUGUUCAA